GUGAAGCAGCAACAGGAGGAACAAAGUUGCGGGACCUUGAGUUCUCAGCUCUGCGGUGUUGACUCGUGAAAUGUAAAAACCAUCUCUUCAUGUCCAGGAGAUUGAUAUACAUACACAGAUAAUCUGCGGUAGAUGUAGUGAUUUUUGCUGCGCGGAGACGGAAGGCGUUUCUUUUUUUGGCACAUUGUGGAGAGUGGAUGCGCUGGGACACGGGUGUCUGCAGUCAGACAGUGAGUGAGAAAGAGUCGUAGAAAUGCCGUAAAUCAAUUGGAUCAGUGUAAUUUUUUGGGGGUGAAACUUUUUUUCAACACACUUGGAUUCAUUUGUCUGUUCAUACUUUACACGCUGUGGAUUUGUUGUGAGGCGAGCUCGUCUCCUCUCCUGACUGCUCGGUGACAGCAGAGGUACAGAAAAAAAAAAACCAAACCCUGUUACACCGCCUGACUCUGUAUGACACAAUUCCAACUCAUCUAACUUUGGAUUAAUUGGCAACCAUGGCAUCACACGGAGACACUGCAGGGGGAGGAACCAAUGAAGAGUUCAACGACAUCAUCCGAUGGAGAUCUGAUGAGCACGAUGCAGUCCAGAAGAAAACCUUUACCAAAUGGAUAAAUGCACAGUUCUCCAAGACAGGGAAGACGCCUAUCAAAGACAUGUUCUCUGACCUGAAGGACGGGAAGAAGCUGCUGGAACUGCUGGAGGGUCUCACUGGCACAGUCCUGACCAAAGAGCGAGGCUCGACCAGAGUGCAUUCUCUCAACAAUGUCAACAAAGUACUUCAAGUCCUGCAUCAGAAUAAUGUUGAUCUGGUAAACAUUGGAGGGACAGAUAUUGUGGAUGGGAAUCACAAGCUGACCUUGGGCCUCAUCUGGAGUAUCAUCCUCCACUGGCAGGUAAAAGACAUCAUGAAGGACAUCAUGUCCAACCUGCAGCAGACCAACAGUGAGAAGAUCUUGCUGAGUUGGGUCCGCCAGUGCACUCGCUCAUAUCCCGAGGUCAACGUGUUAAACUUCACCACCAGCUGGGCCGAUGGCCUGGCUCUCAACGGCAUCCUUCACCACUUCAGGCCAAACGCGAUCAACUGGGAUGAGGUUGUCAGACUGAGCCCUGUGGAAAGAUUGGACCAUGCCUUCACUGUAGCCAAAGACCAACUGGCCAUCGAGAGGCUACUGGAUCCUGAAGACGUGGCGGUGCAGCUACCAGAUAAGAAAUCUAUCAUCAUGUACGUGACAUCGCUGUUUGCGGUGCUGCCCAAAGAUGUGAGCAUGGAGGCUAUCAGAGAAGUGGAGACCCUGCCACGCAAAUUCAAAGCAGAGCCCGAGGGCUCAGGUCCAGGCCUCAGCGCUCAGAGUGUGCAGAUGGAGGAAGCAGGCAGCAGCCCGCGUCCUGAGACCCCCAGCACCCUGACGGAGAUGGAAGGAGAGAUGGAAGUCAGCCUGUUGGAGGUGGACCUGGACAGCUACCAGACCACACUAGAGGAAGUUCUGACUUGGCUGCUGUCGGCUGAGGAUGCCCUGCAUAUUCAGGACGAGGUGUCCGACGAUGUGGAAGAAGUGAAAGAGCAGUUUCACACACAUGAGUCCUUUAUGAUGGAGCUGACAGCACAUCAGAGCAGCGUGGGGAAUGUGCUGCAAGCCGGGAACCAGCUGAUCGCCCAGGGAAGCCUGACAGAGGAGGAAGAGGAUGAAAUUCGGGAACAGAUGACCCUCCUCAACUCCCGCUGGGAGAGCCUUCGGGUGGACAGCAUGGACCGCCAGGCCAGACUCCACGAAGUCCUGAUGGAUCUUCAGCAGCAGCAGUUGCAGCAGCUUUCGGAUUGGCUGACACAGACUGAAGAGCGAAUCAGAAAGAUAGAGACCGAACCGGCAGCUGCGGACCUGGAGCUCUACAAAGAACAGAUAGAGCAGCACAAAGAGCUCCAGAAUGACCUGGAGGCAGAGCAGGUGAAGGUCAACUCUCUGACACACAUGGUGGUUGUGGUGGAUGAGAACAGCAGUGAGAGUGCCACUGCUGCCCUGGAGGAGCAACUACAAUCGCUGGGUGAGCGCUGGGCAGCCGUGUGUCGGUGGACAGAGGAGAGGUGGCACAAGCUGCAGGAAGUUUUUUUGGUCUGGCAACAGCUUCAGUCAGACCAGAGUUUGUUUAGAGCGUGGUUGGCAGAAAAAGAAGAGGCUCUGAGUGAAGUACAGACCAGCAACUUUAAGGACCCGAGUGAAAUGAAUACUAAUGUGCGCCUCUUAGCAAAUUUAAAGGAAGACAUGGAAAAUAAGAGGAGAACUCUGGACCAGCUGUCUGAUGCAGGACAGGAUGUGAUGUCGUUACUGCGGAGCCCCGAGGCCGGAGCCAAGAUAGAGGCAGACACGGAAGGUCUGGCACAUCGAUGGGACAACCUGGUUCAGAAGCUGGAGGAUUGUUCCUUCCAGGUAAUGGAGGCUGUGGCAGAUUCCGGGAUGAAUCAGGUGGAAGAAGAAGUUGUCGUGGAUUCAGUUGCUGUAGCGGCGGCUGCUUCGAUCGCUGACCAGGAGUUGGCCCCACCUGCUCCCCCAAAGAAGCGACUGGUGGAGACGGAUGCGGAAGUUAAACGAAUGUUUGAAAAUAAGCUCUCUGACCUCCUGCGCUGGAUUAAAACAUGGAAGAUGUCCACUCAGACAUUGGCCUCCACACACCCAGAGAUGACAUCUGAUAAACCAGACCUUCAGGAGAAAUUAAAGGGCUUAGAGUUGGACAUCACAGCAAAGGAAGCCACAGUCAGUCAAGUAAUUCAAGAGGGACGAGACUUGUUGGACCAGUUGGAGAGAGAGGGCAUGUGUGUGGACUCGGUGAGGGCAGACAUGGGCCAGAUCCAAACUGAGUGGGAUGUUUGUGCAAGGGAGCUGGGGGCAGCCCGCGAGCGAGUUGACGCUCAGACCCGAGUCAGAGCAGUGUCCACGGAGCUGACAGACCUGGACCUGGUCUUAGAGGAGCAGGACCAGUGGCUGGACUCAGGCCCGGCUGUGGAGAAGUGUGACGAAGCCGAGCUGAGAAAGCAGAGUGGAGAAUGUCGGUCGCGACUCGUCCAGGUCACUGCACUAAGUCCAAGAGUGGAGCAGCUUUCUGCAGAGGCAGCGUUGCUGGGGGCCGUUCCCUCUUUGAAAGACAACAUGGUGGUGGUGUCUGCACAUUAUGCCUCCACGCUGCAGCAGCUGCAGAGCAAAGAACAAGAAGUCAACAAAGCUUUGGCUGCAGCUGAGGCCAAACAGAUGGCUCCAUGUCCAGUGGAGGGACUAGAGGCGAGGCUGGUCACUCUGAGAGAAGGAAUUAUCGACAUGCCGACCACUGAGAGGGCGGUGGAGCGGGCACAGGGCCUGUGUAUAGAAAUUGAGCAAACACAGCAGGCCUCCGACCCCGCAGAGCUGCAGAAAUGGAGUCAGCUUUCCUCAAAGGCCCGCGACGAGCUGGGGACACUGCAGUGCAUCCUGGGUAGCAUGAAGGACAAUCAGGUGUGUGUGGGGCAAGUUGAACGCUGGUUGGAUGCGGUUCAGGAGCUGUUGUCGAAUGAUGCCACAGGGUUGGGUGACAAAGAGGGACUAAAUGAAGAGCUGAACCAAUGCAAGGAGUAUGUGAGUGAGAUGGAGUCAGUGGAAGGGUCAUUGAAGCAGAUGGGAGAGAAUGUGAGUGCCGUACAAGCAACGACAGUCCCAGGACUGGCCAAGUGGGGACAGGAGAAGUUGGACGAGUUCAGGGACAGGUGGGACACACUCAGCAAACAGCUGCUGAGUCAUCAGGAACGUGUGUCAGAGAAUCAGGAGAAGCAGGUGAAUCUCAGGAAGGACUUGGCAGAGAUGCAGGAGUGGAUGACCCAAGUAGAUGAGGAGUUUCUCAUGAGGGACUUUGAGUAUAAGGGUCCUGAAGAGCUGGAGGCGUCACUGGAGGAGAUGAAGAGGGCUAAAGAGGAUGUGCUACAGAAAGAGGUGAAAGUAAAGAUCCUGAGAGACAGCAUCAACAAUUUGGUGUCCAGAACAUCACCCCCUGGUGGUGGCAGUGCACUGACCUCAGAGCUAGACGGGGUACUCGCCAACUACAGCAAGCUUUGUGACCGCUUCAAGAGCAAGUGUCACACUUUAGAGGAGGUCUGGUCCUGUUGGAUGGAGCUGCUCCAGUACCUGGACAUGGAGCAGACAUGGCUCAACACUUUGAAGGAGAAAGUUCAAGCUACGGACAACCUGCCUGAGAGCACUGAGGCCGUCAGUGAAGCUCUGGAGUCUCUGGAGACCGUGCUUCGCCACCCAAGCGACAACCGCACACAAAUCAGGGAGCUGGGUCAGACGCUGAUCGAUGGGGGAAUAUUGGACGAUCUCAUUAGUGAAAAAUUAGAGUCCUUCAAUUCCCGUUAUGAGCAGCUCAACAACCAGGCGGUGAACCGGCAGAUCAGCCUCGAGCAGCAGCAGCAGACACUGAAGGAGAAUGAUCAGGCUCUCCAGUCACUGCAAGAGUCUCUGAGCCAGCUGGACCACACACUCACCUCCUACCUCACUGAUCGCAUCGACGCCUUCCAGCUUCCACAAGAGGCACAGAGCAUCGGGGCAGAGAUCGCAGCCCACGAGGUAACAGUGGAGGAGAUGAGAAGGAGAAAUGUGGCCAACCUACCUCCUCCCACCACUGAUGGCAAGGCUGCUCGAGGUGGGACCAUGCUGGACCAGCUUCAGAGGAAGCUGAGAGAGAUCUCCACAAAGUACCAGCUUUUCCAGAAGCCUGCUAACUUUGAACAACGUAUGUUGGACUGUAAGAGGGUUCUGGAGGGUGCUAAGGCCGAGCUGCACAUCCUGGACGUGAAGAGUUUGGAACCGGAGAAAAUCCAGUCCCACCUCAGUGGGUGUAUGAAAUUAUACAAAUUGCUGAGUGAAGUGAAGCUAGAAGUGGAGACGGUGAUAAAAACAGGUCGCCAGAUUGUGCAGAAACAGCAGACUGAGAAUCCCAAGGCCAUGGAUGAACAGCUUACUGCUCUCAAACUGCUCUACAAUGACCUGGGGGCUCAGGUGACGGAGGGAAAGCAGGACCUGGAAAAAGCUCUGUGUCUCUCUCAGAAGUUCCUGAAGGACAGCGCCGCUCUACAGGAGUGGCUCACCACAAACGAGGCUCAGCUCCAGCAGAAGAACAACUGUGGAGACAUGCCAGCUGACAUUGACGCUGAGAUCGCAUGGGCUAAUGGCCUGCUGAAGGAAUCGGAGCGUCGUAAGGCAGAGCUGUCAGGCCUGAUGGAGGCCAGUGCUGGGCUAGAGACGCUGGUCGAGGGCAGCGAGGCGCAGCUGGAGGACAAGCUCUUUGUUCUCAACGAAUCCUGGGGCCGUGUCCGCACCUGGACUGAGGAUUGGCUCAGCGCUGUGCUGAGUCACCAAAGUGAGGUGGAAAUCUUUGAUGAGAACGUGGCGCACAUCAGCACCUGGCUUUAUCAGACCCAGAUUCACCUGGACGAGGCUGAGCGGCUCGCCCCAACAGAGAGGGAAAAAGUGGUUCAGAGCAUGCUGGAGGAGCUGGAGGACAUCAGUCUGCGUGUGGACAAUGUGAGGGACCAGGCCAUUAUCCUGAUGACCAGCAGGGGGCCCGCCUGCCGAGACGUAGUGGAGCCCAAACUGGCAGAGCUGAACUGCAACUUCGACAAAGUUUCCCAGCACAUCAAAACGGCCAAGAUGAUGACCAGCCUGGAGUCAGACGGUGCAGAGAUGAACCAGCCUGCACGUCAGCAGGUCAUCCACGGCCUCGAUAUCCGAGUGGAGUGUCAGAGUCAGGCUCCAUCUGCCGCUGCUGUGGUCUCCAGUGAGAUUAAAGACCUUAAGGCUGAACUCCAGGAUACACUUAGAUCUCUGCAGCAGCAGCAACAGGAGCCAGUAAACAUCCUGGAUGAUGACAAGAUGGAUGAGGAGAAAGCCGGUGUAGAAGAGCUGCUGAGAAAAGGCGAAGAGUUGCUGCACCAAACUUCAGACGAGGGUCAGAGGGAGGAGCUGAGACUUCUGCUGCUGCAUCUGCAGAGCCAGUAUUCUGCUCACAGAGAGCUGAGGGUUCUGCGAGUCAGGCAGGUGCAAGUCUCUUCAGAGUUGUUGCCCCCUCGCACCUUGACAGAGGAGACCAGAGAGCCUUCAGUCGAGGGAAUGUCUGCAGUGGAGCGCAGCAGUGUCCUUUCAGUGAGUCCCUCCGACUACCUGUUGGACAUCAACAAGUUGCUCCUCGCUAUGGCCGACAACGAGCUGCUUCUGAACUCCUCUGAGCUCAGCGGGGGGCUGUAUGAGGACUUCUCCAGCCAGGAGGACACACUGAAGAAUAUCAAAGUGAAUCUGGAGCAUCUGAGUGACCGGGUCACGGGGAUCCAUGAGCGUCAGCCUGAUGCCAUUCGUGAUGCUUCGCCUACUGAAGUGACUCAGAUCGCAGACUCCCUCACGCAGCUCAACGCUGAGUGGGACCGCCUCAACCGCAUGUACAACCACCGCAAAGGGACUUUUGACCGUGCCAUCGAGGAGUGGGGACAGUUUCACUGUGACAUGAACGACCUGAAUCAGCGGCUGACCGAGACCGAGACACUGCUGUCCGAGAGUGUCGGUCCUGAUGGACAGCUGGACAUGGAGUUGGCACGGCAACACCAGCAGGAGCUGGAAGAAGGCCUUGUCAGUCACCAACCUGUCCUAGCUGUACUUACCCGCAAUGGGGAGCAGAUAAUUGGGCAGCUGUCAUCUCUUGAUGGACCGCUGCUUGAAGAGAAGCUUGACAACAUUGGUCAGCGUUGGAGAGCUGUCAACCGUCAGGUGUUGGACAGACAGCGCUGGCUCACUGGUGAGGACCCAGCCUUUGCAGACCUGGUGAGGAGACGCACAGAGUUGGCUGUGUGGCUGGAGCAGGCGGAAAGCGCUGUCAGCUCCCUCCCUGUCACAGCAACUGACAAAAACCUCAAGGAGCUCAAGGCUCUUGCUGAGGAGAUGGAUGCACAGAAUGAACGCCUCGGUUGGCUGAACAAGCACGCGCCUCAGAUCCUGUCCAGUCCCAGCGUGAGUCCUCAGAGCCGAGACCAGAAUGUUGGCAAACUGAGAGCCAUCAACAUGAGCUGGAGCAAAGUGACUCAUGAUUUGUUGGACAAGGUGGGGGAAGUGGAGGCCAACCUGAAAAAUCAUGCACACUUCCAAGACAGAAUGGACAGACUCACUGACUGGGUCGUUAUCACGCAUCAGACGAUCAUAACCAGAGGCUUAAAUCCGGGGCAAGCGCAGGCUCUGGAGGUCUCCAUGAAGGACAGGAAGAAGGACCUGGAGGAACUGUUGGCUCAUUCUAUUGAGCUACAGAGAAGGCAGCAGCUGUUGCCCCAGGAGAAGAUGAAGGUAGAGCAGCUGGCAGCUGAUUGGAAAGCCUUGGAUGGUCAACUGAGGGAAUCACUUCAGCCAGCCGUCUCUCCGUGGACGCAGCGGGAACACGUCGUCCAACACCAGCAACUCGUGUCUACAGUCCCCUCAGCUGUGCAGAUGGCCAGCCUGGUUAGCGAGGAUCCACAUCACCAGACGCCGCACACGCUUGACACGGUGGCGCCCACUGACCUCAACGAGACGGCCACCGAGCUGGCAGACUGGCUUCUCCUCAUCACGCAGAUGCUCAAGUCUAAUAUUGUCACUGUGGGCGACACGGAGGAGAUCAGGACCACUAUGGGACGUCUUCAGGUGACGAAGAGUGACCUGGAGCAGCGUCACCCACAGCUGGAGGACAUUUUCACUCUGGCACAGAACAUCAAAAACAAGACCUCUAACCUGGAUGUUCGCACGUCCAUAACUGAAAAACUGGAGAAGGUGCGGAGCCAAUGGGACAACACUCAGCACGGUGUCGAGGCACGGCUCCAGCAGCUGGGCAACAUGACUGUCCACAGCAACCAGUGGGAGGAGCAGAGGAAGGAGGUGAAGGCUCUUAUUGGACACAAUGAAGGACGCUUCCACAACCUUCUCCAGCAGUCCAGAGAUCCUCUGACUAAACAGCUUGCUGACAACAAGGCGUUCCUUCAAGACCUGGGCCGGAGCCAAGGCAGCGUUGCAGCCUUCAAUGAGCUGUCCAAUCAUCUGCUGCGGGAAUACUCCACUGACGACACCCGGAGAAUCAAGGAGGUCACAGAUAAACACAACGCUGCCUGGAACGGCAUCAACAACAGGGCGGGCGACCGUUACGCUCAUCUGGACAGUGAACUGAAGGGUCUGCAGAUGUCUCUCAGGGAGCUGGAGUCCUUCCUCAAAUGGCUCCAGGAGGCGGAGACCACGGUCAACGUUCUGGCUGACGCCUCCCAGAGGGAAGACCUGUCGCAGGACUCCGCCCAUGGGAAGGAUCUGAAGCGGCAGCUGGAGGUAGGGGGCUGUGUGCGCACAGGUGCGGGCCUAUUAUCUCCGUGUCCUCCUUCAUUAAUGCGUCCUUCAGCAGCAGCAGUGAAGCUGCAGUGUGGUCUGCGUGUCGGUACGGUCGUGUGUGCGCCGCUGGUUAAACGUGUGUAAAUGAGGGGGUGAACAGAGGGCAUGUGACUGCUUGUAUGCACUAAGAGCGGCUCAUUGAACCUCUUGUCCGAUGCUACUUAGGAAUUCAGAGUGUUUGUGU